GCGUGGCACAUUUUUUUUAUUUCUCUGUUUCGAUUGAAACACGUUUCUUCUCCUGGCAGUGUGAAAGUGUAUGUCCAGAUACAUGAGGCCUCCAAAUACGUCUUUGUUUGUCAGGAACAUCUCUGAUGAGUCCCGAAAAUGUAAAAGCAUCCAGUUGUGGAACCGGCCACAAAGAGUUACAAAGACCCGUGUAGAAUAGCUGUAAAGACAAGUGACACACAGACCUUCAGGAUCAGAGAGAGGGAAAAGAUUGAAAAGAGAAAGUAAAGCAUGAAGAGGAAAAGGGAACGGAGACAAAGCUUGGAAAUGACGGCAAAGAAUGGUGAAAAGAAAAGAGGUUUAAGAGGAAAAAGCAAGCAGCAAAACCCCCAAGUCUCUCUGGGAGUCGAUUAAAGAGUGUAAAGAUCAAGAUGAAGUUCAAAGUCAAGCAUGGCCAAAGCAUGUUUGAAGAUGUGCGCGACGCAGAGGAUGCUCUUCACAGCCUGGACCGAAAGUGGGUUUGUGGCCGGCAGAUUGAAAUCCAGUUUGCCCAGGGCGACAGAAAAACACCAAACCAGAUGAAAGCAAAGGAGAGGCGCUCCCCUGGCAGGUCCUCUCGGUAUGACGACUACGAUCGAGACAGCCGGCGCAGGCGGUCACGCAGCCGCAGUUACGAAAGAUACCGAUCACGCAGCCCUUCAUACGAUCGCCGGCGCAGACGGUCAGAGAGUCCUCGCGAGACUCGUGGACGCAUGUAUGGACGUGGAAGAAGCAGGAGCCGUGAAGAUGAAAGGUACAAGCAGCGGCCCCGGAGAGAGUCCAGAGAGCGAUCCAGGUCGCACUCCAGGUCCAGAUCGCCGCGGGGGGAGAUGAACCUGGCGUCAACGUCUCACUACAUAGAGGAGGAGGUUCGGGGGACGCAAUCUCCCUCCAGGUCCAGAUCUGUAUCAAGGUCACACUCUCGUUCGCGGUCUCGAUCUCGUUCCUGGGCGGGACACAAGUCUGGAGGACGCUGAGCAGAGCCCCCCCCUCUUCUCCCUCCUUUUAACCCCCGUUAAGUCAGAUGGACCAGCUUUGGUCAUUUGAGAAAAGCCGUUUGUUUGACCUGAAUGUAACGUCCACUGAUCUCUUUGUAGAAAGCUUUUAUUUUGUGACUCCAUUUUGUAAAAUUGAUUUGGUGAUAUCUCCCGAUAGAAACCACCGUUCCUAUAUUUGGUUGUAGCCUGAAAGGAAUGAUAUAUUGUCUUUUUUCUUUUCUCUCUCUCUCUCUCUCUCUCUCUCUCUUUUUUGGUUGCAUAACAGUUACUGAUAAUUCUGAUUUCCAAACCCUAUGCAUUAAUUUUGAAAAAAACAAACUCCAUAUGUUCAGUAUUUCAGAAGGAAACCGGUCUGUCUGUGUUUCUUUGUGUUUUAGCACAUCUAAAGCAAACCCACGUACUUCUGACUUCACUGCUGACGGUUUAUCACACGACUUUAACCUUAUUUAAAAGUGUUUGAUAAGGAAUCAUUGCAUGAUAAUCCAGUUUAAUUGAGUAAUCCUGAAACAGCAGCUCAACCUGGAAAGCUCUUUGUGGUGAUUUUCUUCAAAUCACUUUGAAGUUUCUAAAACUAGAACUGAUGUGGAUUGGAGUUAGCAGUUUUGUUGCGUACUGAGUUGUUGCUAAAAUGCAGAGAAAAGAUGCUGUGCUCCUCAAACUGUUAGUUUAGUCUUUGAUGACUAACUGUUAAAACUUUUUUUGUGGUGUUUUUUUUUUUUAUUCUUUUUUUUUGAGAGUUCACUUUUUCAAAGAGGCAUUUUACUCAACAUUUGUCAUAUUUGUCAGUUCUGAGAGGAGAAACUCAAGUUUCUCAUCAGUGUUUACUCGACUGUGUUGAUGGUUUUUCAGAUUGACUCAUGUCACUGCAUGUUUUAGUCUAACCUGUCUUUAGUAGGAAGAAACUGUUAUUUUGAAUAAUAAAUGGAUAACAGUC